AUCCACACAGGCGCUCUUCUGUGGACCAUUUCCGAGCGAUACGCCUGAGGAAGUAUGUCGGCGACUGCUGUGCUGCUGCUUCUCAUCGUGGUCCUGCUAGUGCUGCUGUUCACAUGGCGAUGGCGGCACUUCUCGUACUUCAAGCGGCUCGGGAUUCCAGGCCCCAAGCCCAACCUGAUAUGGGGAAACCUUAUGGAAUACCACUCUACGGAUCUCUACAAAGCUGUGGGAGGGUGGAUUGAAAAAUAUGGCGACAUGUUUGGGUUCUACAACGGAGAUGUACCGUUCGUCGUAACGCAAGACUUGGAAUUGAUAGAGCAGGUCUACGUUAGGAAAUUUCAGAACUUCAUGAAUCGAGGACUAACCAUGAUGACAGACCAGAUGCAUCCGUACCUCGGCAAGUCAAUCAUUCACGUGAACGCCCCCAUGUGGAAGAGCAUUCGAAACUCGGUGGCCUACGGCUUCAGUGCGGCUAAGCUUAAACAGAUGAUGCCAUUUUUCGAAGAAGACGUCAACUUCCUAUUGAAAUAUCUGGAGAAAAGCGCCGAGACGGGAGAGGAAGUGCAAAUGAUGCGCAAAUACGAGCAGCUCUCCAUGGAUUUCGUGGCUCGAGGUGCGUUCGGCAUCGAUGAACGUUUCCAGGAAAAUCCCGACCACCCGCUCUUCGAUAUGGCGAGGUCAGCUUGCUGCAAACUUAUGACCGGUCCUUUUCACAUGAUCGCACAAAGCACCACAAGCCUGGGACCAAUCAUCAAGCUAGUUUGCUGGCUUUCUCUCGCGAUCGGAGACUUCGUGUUUGACGCGGUAACGGCGCACACUGCGAAAGUCGUCGAGAUGAGAAAGAAGGAUCCAUCGCUCCGAAAGCCGGAUAUACUGCAAAACUUGAUCGACGCAGAGUACGUCGAGAGCCAAUCCGGCGAUGGCUCGAGCAAAGGGGAAAAUGGAGUGCUGAAGACAAGAGCCUUAACGACUGAAGAGGUAAUAACCAGCGCUGCCACACUGUUCAUUGCUGGGUACGAAACAAUCGUCACCUCUCUUAGUUACCUGACCUUCACGCUGGCAAAGUAUCCCGACGUCCAAGAGAGGGCACGCCAGGAAAUCGAAGAUGUCAUCUCACAAGGGGGUGAAUUGGAUUAUGAUACAGUAAUGAAGAAACUUAAUUACUUGGAUCAAGUUAUGAACGAAACACUGAGACUUUAUCCACCGGGCCUCACGUUUGUCACGAGACAGGCCAAGGAAGACUUCGAAUACAAGGGGUUAAAGUUCAAGGCAGGGACAUGCUUCAUGGUUCCUCAGUUUUAUAUCCAAAGAGACCCGCGGUUUUGGUCCAAUCCAUUGGAGUUUGACCCGGACAGAUUCGCCCCAGAAAACGAAGCGAAGCUGAAGAAGAUGGCGUUUUGUCCCUUCGGCAUAGGACCCCGCAACUGCGUCGGCGUGAGGAUCGCCACGUUGCAGACAAAGUACACGAUUGCCAAAGUGUUGCAAAAGUUUCGCCUGGAGCUCGGCCCAUCGCAGAUGAGAAAACUGGACAUGGGCUCGCGAGCCAUGGUGUCGACGCCAGCAAGAGGACCAUUUAUAACCUUUCACCGCCUCAACAAAACCUACUAAUGGCGAAACCAUUACUUGCAAUGAUAAGGCUUCUUGAUGAGCCUUAUGCAUUUCAUGUAACACUUAGUGAAAAUACGAGGGAAGAAAAAAAAUGCAUACCACCGACCUAGAGGCGGCGAACAUGUCCAUUUCUGACACAAGCGUUGCACAUACGAAGUUAUCGAAUGAUGGCUUCACACAUUUCCACUCAUGGUAUCGGCUAAAAGCAGGUCACUUAUGCACAGUUUGUCGUCUUUCAUCGAUCAAUUAACAUCUCAGUUGCAGAAGUUCUUUAGACUAAUCAUAUAUCGCGUAUCACUAAGGCACAUUGCUCCUGCUUCUAAAUUUAGUAGCACUCAACAUAUAUAGAAUGGGCGAUGCUAAGCCUAGUAAUUAUAAGGGCUUUACCUUAGACACUAGACACGUGGUCUUGUCACUUGUGAUUAUUUGCUCAAACUACUGUCCCAAAGUUUGACCCACAUGUUGGCAAGCAGUAUACUUGAGUCCUUCAUGCACACGUCUUGAUACUUGUAUGUUUCUUUUAUGAAUUGACAGAGUACUUGUUGUCUCAUACUUUCAUAUUUUUACCAUGCCUUUAUUUUGUUCGGUGUUUUCUACGUAAUAUCUUGUCUUCAUACAUUCCAAAAGUAGAGCCUUCAGAUGAUUGCUUAUUUUCGUACAAAUCAUUUAGCGGGUUUAGUGAGAAAUAAUGCGAAUUAUUAU